AUGUCCCUCCCAGAGGCACCGGUGCCCCCCAAGGGACCUCUCAGGUGCGUCACUCUUAGGGGCUCUCACAGGGGUGUUGGUGGCCCCAGGGAACCUGGCAAAGGUGGCGGCGCUCCCAAGGGCCCUACCUGGGGCGGUGGCGCACCCAGGGUCCUUCCCAGGUGUGGUGGCCCCAGAGGGUCCCUCCCAGGGGCACCGGUGCCCCCAGGGGACCUCUCAGGUAUGGUUGCGCCUCCAGGCGCCGGCCAAGGGGUAACGUCGCCCCCAGGGGACCGCCAAGGGGUAACAUCACCCAGAAGGGACCGCCAAGGGGUAAUGUCGCCCACAGGGGCUCUUCUUAGGGGCAUCGAUGCCCCCAGGGGCUUUCGUCAGGCCGCCGGCCAAGGGGUAACGUCGCCCCCAGGGGACCGCCAAGGGGUAACAUCACCCAGAGGGGACCGCCAAGGGGUAAUGUCGCCCACAGGGGCUCUUCUUUGGGGCAUCGAUGCCCCCAGGGGCUCUCGUCAGGGCGCCGGCCAAGGGGUAACGUCGCCCCCAGGGGACCGCCAAGGGGUAACAUCACCCAGAGGGGACCGCCAAGGGGUAAUGUCGCCCACAGGGGCUCUUCUUAGGGGCAUCGAUGCCCCCAGGGGCUCUCGUCAGGGGGUGUCAGCGACCCCAGGGGCCCUGACAAGGGUGUCGGCAAUCCCAGGAGCCCUGCCAGGGGCGGUGGCGCACCCAGGGGCCUUCCCAGGUGCGGUGGCGACCACAGGUUUCCUCUCAAGGGCACCGGAGCCCCCAGGGGACCUCUCAGGUGUGGUGGCGCCCUCAGGUGCCCUCCAAGGGGUAACGUUUCCCACAGGUGCCCGCCAAGAGGUAACGUUGCCCCCAUGGGACCGCCAAGGGCGAUGCCUCCAGGGGCUCUUCUUUUGGGCAGCGAUGCCCCUAGGGGCUCUCCUAAGGGGCACCGGUGCCCCUAGGGGAGCUGUCAGGUGUGGUGGCACCCCAGGGGCCCGCCAAGGUGUAACGUCGCCCACUGUCGCUCUUCUUAGGGGCAGCCAUGCUCCCAAGGGUCCUUCUAGAGGCCGUGGCGUCCCAAGGGGUGGCGAUACCCUCAGGAGCCUUCCCAAGUGCCCUACCAGAGGCUUCCCAUACCUGGAGACCUAUAGCUUUUGCGAUACUCCCAGGGACUCCUCAGGGGCAUCGGUGCCUUCAGGGGAGCUCUCAGGUGUGGUGGCGCCCCCAGGGGUCCGCCAAGGGGUCACGUCGUCAGCAGGGGCUCUUCUUAGGCGCACCGAUGCCCCCAGAGGCUCCCCUCAGG